CUCGCAACGACGAACUGCAGUCUCGACCAGACGAUCGGAAGUACAAGACGCAGUUUUCCGUUGAUACUCAUUGAGGUGCAUUGGUUAGAAUCGGAGUGAGGCAAACUGCUUUUGCGAAAUGAAACAGUUAAUUUUGCUACUGGUGGUAGCAGCUAUCGUUGGUCAAAUCCAAGCUCAAAGUAAUCGAAAAUGUGCUGCAAAUGGAGAAUAUUGUUUAACCCAUAGUGAGUGCUGCUCUGGAAGUUGUCUAAGUUUUUCGUACAAAUGUGUCCCAGUACCACCAGGACCAAAUAUUGGAACUACAUUCGUACCCGUAACCGUAGACACCUCCAAUCGCUUCGGAGGUCCGGAUGAUGGAGGUGCCAGCUUAACGCAAAAAACUUGUGCUUUAAAUGGUGAAUACUGCCAAACUCACGCCGAAUGCUGCUCUGGAAGUUGUUUAAGUUUUUCAUAUAAAUGUGUUCCACUGCAACCAUCUGCUCAGGGAACAAGCUCCCCGUCGCGACCGCAGGUUCAAACUACCGCCACAAAUCAGGGAUCGAGCAGCACCGUCGAUUUGGGUAACCGCGUAGGAGAAAGUCAGAGUACGGUGCCGGUUAACAAUAUUACACCACCUCCGAAGAAAUGUGCUGCUCUGGGAGAAUACUGUCUCACCUCAUCCGAAUGCUGCUCCAAAAGUUGUCUCAGCUUUUCAUACAAAUGUGUGAAAACCUACGAUCUCGGCACACAGCAGCUUACUCAACUGGGAAUCCCAGUUCAGCAACCAUCCGGCAGUAACGGUGCCGUCGAUACGGCCAAUCGAUUCGGCAGCAACGAAAAGCAGUGCACUUCGAACGGAUUAUACUGUUUCCACAAUCGCGAAUGCUGCUCAGGAGCCUGCUACAAGUCAUUCUGCCAGACCGAAAUCAAGCUGGGAGUUCCCGAAUCGGAGCUAACGAAACCGUCAAUCUCCAACGGGCCGUACGUUCAGGUUAACAGUUUAGAUGAACUGAUAACACGAUUCGGUGGUAUUUCCCAGGGUACCACUGUUGAUUCCAGCAGCAGCGGCACGACAAAUCGUGACAAUGUACUUCAAGCUCGGGACGGAACCGAAAGGCAAUGCUCGGUUGUUGGUGAUUGGUGCUCCCGACCCCAGGACUGUUGCUCCCAGAGAUGCCAUUCGUAUCGACGUAAAUGCGUAACAUAGUCGGAGAUAUGCAAUGCAGCAGACUACUUUUUUUUUAUUCUAGCGAAGUGAAACAUAUAGAAUAGUUACAUGUAGCGCAAACUGAUUUAACAGCCUAUUCCAUGAGUAGCUGAUACACUCUACCUAUUUAUGUUUGCCACAGAUCGGUUUCAUUCUUCUUUUUAUCGACGGUUAUAAAACACAUAUAUUGCUGUUAUGACGUACAUUCCCAGGUAUUUGAAUGUGAAUCCAGGACGGAAAUGAUAUAUAAAUCACGAACAAAACAAAUCUGUGCUCAGUUCCUAGAAUAUAUGACCUCAUAUGUGUACUCUGAAAACGAGGAUGAGAGAAUUUUUUUUUGCCUAUGCACACCUCUGAACCGAACGAGUCAUGAAAAUGAGUCAUAAGAGAAUAUAGGUCUGGUUUAUUCUCUGUUCUGUAGAAAUGAUGAAUGACCCUUUGUGGUUAAAGCCUCCAAUAAAUAAUAUAAAUAAUUUUA